AUAAGAUACGUAUGGAUGAAUGCUUGUCACCUACUUUAUUUGUUCUUUCACUCUCUUUCUAUGCUUCUUUUAAACUCUCUGCCUCAAGAAAAACUCACAUCCUUUCACUUUCAGACAUACAUAAACAUAAACAUCUACUUCUGAUCUGUUUAUUGAACUCUGUUUCUUUGUGUUUUUGACAAUGCAGAAACACAAGUGUAAGCUUUGCUUGAAAAGCUUACCAAAUGGAACAGCUUUGGGCACUCAUAUGAAGUCUAACAUGUUGAAUCUUCCAAUUCCUCCUCCGAGUCAACUCAGCCGAGAGUCUGAGGCACCUUCAUCUUCAUCAGAAGGGGAGGGGAAAGAGCAGCUUUAUGGGCUUGGAGAGAAUCCAAAGAAGAGUACUCGCUUAGUGGACCCUGAAUUCGUUGAUGCCGACUCAGUUGUUCUUCAAGCCAGGGAAAGUGAGACCGAGUCGUCUAAGAACUCAACUCGGAGGCGAUCUAAACGGACUUGGAAAACACUAGAGCAACAUGAAGAAACGAGGAAGCUCAAAGUCAACACCAACCAACCGAGUCAAACAGAGUCUUGGGGGGAGCCUGAACCGGUGAGUUCCAUAUCCGACGCCACUACCGAUGAAGAUGUUGCCUUCUGUCUCAUGAUGCUUUCAAGGGACCAAUGGAAAUUCAAAGUACAUAAAGAUGGCGAUGUUGAAGAAGAAACGGAUGAAUCAGAAGAGUACUUCACGACUCGAGCCAAGUACAGAUGUGAAACAUGCAACAGAGCUUUCAACUCGUACCAAGCACUGGGUGGACACAGAGCGAGUCACAAAAAGAUCAAAGCUCACGAAACAGAGUUGUCACCAGCAAAUAUGGGUACUCGUUCAAUGUCGGAAAAGAAAAAACAUCAAUGUCCUGUUUGUUAUAGAGUCUUCUCAUCGGGACAAGCUCUUGGUGGACAUAAAAGAUCACAUAUUGUAACUGGUCGAUUAGCAGCAGCAGCAAAAACCCAAACCUUGGUAGUUAAUUUGAUAGACCUUAAUCUUCCUGCUCCGGCGGACAACGAUGAUGAAGACGAUGGAUUUCUAAUGCUGAAAUAG